CAUAGAAUUAUCUCCCUUGACGAAGGAUUUCUUGUUUUGAUUUUUUUUUAGAAUUUUAUAUCCCUUUUAAAAAACAAAUGAUUAUUGUAUAUGCAUCUUAGUUUAGAAAAUAAUGUAAAACAUCAUGAUUACUAAAUCCAAACAUAAAGAUGGACUAUGUGGGUCUUCCAGAGAGCAGUUACAUGCAAGAAUUGGUAGGGAACUGUUCCUCUAUACACAGAGGCGUGAACUUGGAUGUAGAAAUUUUUGUUACACUAAUCCUCAUAGGAUUGUUGAUGACUAUGCAUCGCAACUGAUGCCACAGCUGUUUCAGGAGAAAGAAUACCGUCUCGGACAAAUAAAUAAAAUAUUUUCUUCUCAAUGGCUCAAUACAAAACAAAUUGUAUUCGGUACAAAAUGUAAUAAGUUAGAAGUACUGGAUUUAAACACAGGUAACCUGGAUCAUAUACCCUCUUUAAAAAGUAGUAAUAACAGUGUACCUGCUAGUUGUCCAUGUGGUAUUCACAGUAUUGCUGUCAAUCCAUCAAAAACUCUUCUUGCCACAGGAGCUGAAAAUACUAAUGAUUUAGCUGUGUAUAAAUUACCUACAUUUGAUCCAGUUUGUGUAGGAGAGAGAGCACACAAUGACUGGAUAUUUGAUAUUUGUUGGCUGGAUGAUGAAUUUCUUGUAACAGGUUCCCGUGACAGUCAUCUAGGAUUAUGGAGAAUUGAUGGGUUUGAUGACGUUGAUUCAUCACCUCUAAAUAGUUUACAGGUACCUGAGUACAGUAUUACAUCUCCUCUCCUUGUCAAGGAAUGUACGGACGCAAGGAAAGUGCGAGCUCUAGCUUACCAUGAUGAGAGAAAGGAAUUAGCAGUUUUGUCUUUAAAUGCAUACUUCCAUAUAUGGGAUGUAGAAACAUUUAAAAUGGUAUAUAAUCGUAAACUACAGAACAGUAAGGAGAAUGUUUGUAUGUGUGUGUCAAAGCCUAAGACAUUGUAUGCUAUUGGGUCACAGUCACAUGUUAACUUGGUAGACCCUAGAUCGAAACAUACUCUUACUACAAUUAUUUCUAAAUACAGAGGAGGUGGUAUACGAUCUGUUAGUUUCCAUGAAGAUAUUAUAACUAUAGGUACUGGUACAGGCCAUAUAUUAUUCUUUGAUCUGAAAGGAGGGAAAUAUCUUGAAAGUGGAUGCGGUCAUUCUUGUGCAUUGGUUCUUGGCAAAGGUUGGCUGUUACAUGAUGAAAACUAUAUGGGAUUCUUCAUGCAUCAAUAUAACCAGGAAUUUCCGAAUGCAAUCUAUACACAUCAGUAUGAUGACUCUGGUACAAGAUUAUUUGUGGCUGGUGGGCCACUACCUGCAGGAUUAUGGGGAAAUUAUGCAGGAUUAUGGUCUUAGCAUUGCUAAAUGCUAGAUUUUAAACUUUUUUUUCUUAUAUACAUAGUGAAGUACAAACUUGUUGUUGUUGAUUUUUUUCCAUGCAUCAUGCAUCAGUGUUUGAGAAAGAUGAACUUGAAAGAGGAAGAACAUUGUUUUUGUUGUAACGAACAGGUUAAUUGUGCAGUUAAGUAGGAAAGUCGAAUGAUAUGAUUAGUGAAAAUUUCAUCAAAUCAUUUCAGUUUGUACCUAAUACUUACCACCAAAAAAUGCUUGAAUAUCUGAUGCAUAUAUGUUAUGAAAUUUUUACUGCUAAAAUCUUAAUGCUUAAUCUUCCACUGACAUUCCUUAAAUGACUCCUUGGCUACAACAUUAAUUUAUUUAGAAAAUGAAUACAAAUGAUAAAGGAAGCAGUGUUUGUGAUCUGUUUGCAUUAAUUACAACACUUCAGGGUUGUGGUAUUGUUGCACAAUGAUUACUAAAGGUGCUUAUAAAGAAUGAAAGGAUUCCAGAUUAAAUUUUAUCAAAAAUUAGUCAAUUUGCCUUUUUGUUUGUGUGUGUAAAUAUUAACAUUUUUUUUCAAAUGAAAGGGCAUUAGCAUAUGAAGUAUAAGUUUUGCAAGAUAUGUUCCUGCUUAAAAAUAAAACAAUCUAUGGUUGGCAAUUUAUGUCUGCUAACUGUUCAAUAUUUAUUCAGGCUGUGUACAUAAUUAAUUUUUUGUUGGAUUUGAUUUAUACAACUCUACAGAGUGUGGCAUUGAAUCUUAAUUUUUGUAUAAAUUUUAAAGUGGAUUGGUCUACAAUGAGCACAUUUAUCAUAAUUAUUUCAAAUAUUGAUAAGAGUAAGAGAAAUGUAUCAUUUGGAAAUUCUUAAAAACAUAUUGCUUGGAAAAAAAUGUUCAAGUUCUAUAUGAUUCAGUAUGAACAAUAUGAGCCGUGUCACGACAAAACCAACAUAAUUGGUUUGCGACCAGCAUGGAUCCAGACCAGCCUGCGCAUCCGCGCAGUC